AUGGAGGUCAGAUUCACCACUAUCAGUGUCUCUGCAGAAUUCAGUGAUUCGCAAACAUAUAAUUCAGGUUUUCCUCAAGUUGUUCCAAACAGACAGCAGUUCUUUCAAACAGAGCCUAUCACUAUCAGCUGUGAAGGGCUAAAUGGACUGACUGGAUGGAGAGUGAUGAAAAAGAUAAAUGGAGAUGUUAGAACAUGUGCUUCAACCUGGGAAACAUCGAUUGGACCUUGCAAUAUUAUUAAUGCAUAUCCUUCAAGUGACAGUGGAGAAUACUGGUGUGAACAUGGAGGAAUACAAAAAAGCAACACUGUCAAUGUCACUAUAACUGAGAGUCAUGUGAUCCUGGAGAUUCCUGCCCAACCUGUGAUGCAGGGAGAAAAUGUGAGCUUGCAUUGUAGAAAGAAGGAUGCAAACUCCAACUACACUGCAAAAUUCUAUAAAAAUGGCAUCUCCAUUGGGAGCAGCUCAUCAAGAAACAUAAUUGGUCCCACUGUAUCCAAAUCUGAUGAAGGACUUUACAAAUGUAGCAUUGCUGAUGGUGGAGAAUCACCAGAGAGCUGGCUUAGUGUUGAAGGACAUCCUACAGUGCCUUACUUCAAGCUCUACCUGGUGAUCUGCACAGGUUUCAGUGUUUUAUUGGUGGUCAUUCUGCUAAUACUGGCAGGAGUGUUUCAACGUAAUAAACAUCAACAAAUCAUCAGAAGUCAUACAGAAGAAACUUCUUUGACGCCAAGUGCUCAAAAUUCAACUGUUUCCUUCCAGUCUCCCUCUUCUGCACAAACAGUGCCUGCAGUGGUAAGCAUAGCUGAAGAAAACAACGAGACAUAUUCCCUCAUCACAAAACCAAUAAUGUCAAAAGAGGACAAUGCACUUGAAUCAGUCCAGGUGAUGUAUGCUAUGGUCGGGAAACCCAGCAACGUGAAAGAGAUGGCAGUAGUGAGCUGGUUGGAGACCCACAACUGACUGGCAUGGAUCUGGAUAACUUUUAGUGCGCAAUACAAAACUAAAAAUAAAGGGAAU